UUAAGGUCUGUGACGCGUCGCCGUCGCGCUGCAGCGCUGUCGACGCCGCUCGUCCCGUGCUGGGUCUGGAGGCUCUGCCAGGAGUUCUCGGAUCAUCUAAGCCCGUUGCUGGAUCUCAGGUCACAAAUCUACAUUCUGAUUUGAACUGUGGGAAGAAAGGAUAGUUGGUGAGUCCUGGCGUGCCGGAUUUUGUUAGGUAGGUGGUGUUCCUCCCUUAAAGGCACGAUGUUUUCCAAACUAGCUCACUUGCAGACCAUUGCUGUGCUUCGUCGUGGAGUUCAUUCUUCAGUGGCUUCUGCUACGUCUGUUGCGACCAAAAAGACAAUCCAAGGCCCUCCAUCUUCUGAUUACAUUUUUGAGCGAGAAUCUAAAUAUGGUGCACACAACUACCACCCUUUACCUGUUGCCCUGGAGAGAGGGAAAGGUAUUUACGUAUGGGAUAUAGAAGGCAGGAAAUAUUUUGACUUCCUGAGUGCUUACAGUGCUGUCAACCAAGGUCACUGCCAUCCAAAGAUUGUGAAUGCCCUGAAAAGUCAAGCAGACAAACUGACCUUAACAUCUAGGGCUUUCUAUAAUAAUGUACUUGGAGAAUAUGAAGAGUAUGUUACGAAACUUUUCAACUACCACAAAGUUCUUCCUAUGAAUACAGGAGUGGAGGCUGGAGAGACUGCUUGCAAACUUGCUCGUCGGUGGGGCUAUACCGUGAAGGGUAUUCCAAAAUACAAGGCGAAGGUGAUUUUUGCAGCUGGGAACUUCUGGGGUAGAACACUGUCUGCUAUCUCCAGUUCCACAGACCCAACCAGUUACGAAGGUUUUGGACCAUUUAUGCCAGGGUUUGAAGUCAUUCCGUAUAAUGAUCUGCCUGCUCUUGAGCGUGUUCUUCAGGAUCCAAACGUUGCCGCGUUCAUGGUAGAACCAAUUCAGGGAGAGGCGGGCGUUGUCGUUCCGGAUCCCGGCUACAUGAUGGGCGUGCGAGAGCUCUGCACCCGGCAUCAGGUUCUGUUUAUUGCUGAUGAAAUACAGACAGGAUUGGCCAGAACUGGUAGGUGGCUGGCUGUCGAUCAUGACAAUGUCAGACCUGAUAUAGUCCUUCUUGGAAAGGCGCUUUCAGGCGGCUUAUACCCUGUGUCGGCGGUGUUGUGUGAUGACGAGGUGAUGCUGACCAUUAAACCCGGGGAGCACGGGUCAACCUACGGGGGCAAUCCGCUGGGCUGCCGCGUGGCCAUCGCGGCCCUGGAGGUUUUGGAAGAAGAAAACCUUGCUGAAAAUGCAGAAAAAAUGGGUAUCAUCCUGAGGAACGAGCUGAUGAAGCUGCCGUCUGACAUUGUAACCGCUGUCAGGGGCAAAGGAUUACUGAAUGCUAUUGUCAUUCGAGAAACCAAAGAUUAUGAUGCUUGGAAGGUGUGUCUGCGGCUUCGGGAUAACGGACUUUUGGCCAAGCCAACCCAUGGCGACAUCAUCAGGUUUGCACCCCCGCUUGUGAUCAAGGAGGAUGAAAUUCAAGAGUCCGUGGAAAUCAUCAACAAGACCAUCCUGUCUUUCUGAGGUCGGUGACCGUUCCCAGUGCUGCCCGGAGCCAGCCGGAGACGGCAGCCGUACAAGUACUGUCGUGUCUACGUGCUUCACGCAGGCACGUUCCACUCCCCGGUGGCUUCAAGGACUUUUUUUUCAUACGUUUUUUUUUCAGUUCAUGCAUAAUAGGAUGACAUUUAUAAACAUGCAGUUUGUCCUGUAACAUGACUAAGAGAAUGUAAUGGCAUCUGUAUUCGAUUGAGUUUGUGUGUGCGUGUGCUUUCGAAGGCAAAAUGCAUCUACUUGUAUAUAGAGAGCCUUUUAAUCAAGCCCUUCAGUAUAAUUUAUAUGUUUUUAUGAUUUCCUUACUGAUACAAAUGUUUUGUAUUUGCAAAAGCUAUCUGGGGUAUUAAAUGGAAGCCUUGCUUAACCUUAAAAAGUUAAAUUAUAAUCCUUGAGUCUUGGGAAGGUUUAAUGGUUAAGCUUAUGUAAAAUACUGGAUUUAAGGAAACUUCAUGUUGGCCAACACCAAGAUGUACCCUGUGAAUGUCACUUUUAACUGAGAAUUAAUGUUUAACAUUCCCAAAUUAUGAUUUAAGUGAUAUAAUUUGUAAAAAAAAAAAAAAAAGAAAAAAGAUUUAUUUUCAGUUUUUCUUCAGAUUAAAAAAAAAGAUUUCUACAGCUUAUAUUUAAAGUGUCCGUAGUGGGAUCAGGGUGCUGUUACCGCAGUUCUGGUCCUCACGACCUGACGCGUUAAGCUCCUCGAGAACAUUCUUGCUUUAUUUCAUGUAUUUUCUAAGAGCAUUUCAGCUUCUUGGGCGAUAUCUAGAAUCAUUUAGAAAUUAUUAAAAGAAGGUCUUUUGUUAUACUCCUUUUUCCUCUUUCAAAAUAAUUGCUUUUCCUGUGCUUAUGUGCUGGUAUUUACCAUUUUUAUUAAAGGAUCUUUAUUAA